AUGAAAUAAGUUAUAAUAGCAAUUCUAUUUUUUUGUUUGUGCAUUAAUGCUCAAAUGGAGAGACAUACAUUAUAAGGAGCAUUGAGUUUACUUGAAAAAGCAUAAGAUGAUACAUCUGUAUAUGAUUAAAAAGAACCAAGAUUAUAUAUUUGGGUUUGUUUAUUAAGAGAUGGACUUAUAAAACUAUUCUAACCAAUUACAGAAAAUAAAUUGGCAAGUCAUUAUCCUAUUUUUGGAUCAAUACCAGCUGUUAUAUUUAUGGCUGGAUUUAUGCCUAUGAUUAUAUUAGUCGUUUUUAGUUAUGCCAUGUUUAAAUUCAUCACUUAUGAACCCAAAAAUAUGGAGUUUAAAUAUGCUAAAUUACCUAUUAAGGAAAUUCAAAAGACUUAGAAUAAUCAACUCUAAUAUCCACCUUUCAGUGUUUUUAGCUUUAUAUGA